GCGCAUGCGCGCUCCUUCCGCGCGGUUUUGUGGCAUGGGUUUUGAUCUUCAGCUUCCGCUGUCUCCGCGGCAGCCCCAUCUUCCCGUCUAGGGUGCUCGUUCCCGUUGCUCGGAAUGUUCCCGGAACUCAAUAACCUUCUCAACACCACGCCUGACCAGGCGGAGCAGGGGAAACUGACUCUACUCUGUGAUGCCAAGACAGAUGGCAGUUUCCUUGUGCACCACUUUCUCUCCUUCUAUCUCAAAGCUAAUUGUAAAGUCUGCUUUGUGGCACUCAUCCAGUCCUUCAGUCACUACAAUAUCGUGGGACAGAAGCUGGGUGUCAGCCUGACCACAGCGCGGGAAUGCGGGCAGCUCGUGUUCCUCGAGGGUCUCAAGUCUGCAGUGGACGUCUUCUUUCGGCCUCAGGAGGAGCCACACCCCCUGCAGUUCCUCAGGGAGGCCAACUCUGGGAAUCUGCAGCCACUGUAUGAGUUUGUACAGGAGGCCCUGAAGCCCAUGGACAGUGGGGAGGCCGCCUGGAGGUGCCCGGUGCUGCUGGUGGACGACCUCAGUGUGCUGCUAAGCCUGGGCGUGGGGGCAGUGGCGGUGCUGGACUUCAUCCACUACUGCAGAGCCACCGUGUGCCGGGAAUGGAAGGGAAAUGUAGUGGCCCUUGUGCAUGACAGUGGAGAUGCCGAGGACGAGGAGAAUGACAUCCUGCUGAAUGGCCUUGGUCACCAGAGCCACCUGAUACUGCGGGCUGAAGGCCUGGCCACCGGCUUCUGCAAGGACGUGCAUGGGCAGCUGAGGAUCCUGUGGAGGAGACCAUCAGAGCCCACAGCCCAGCGAGAUCGGAGCCUCACUUACCAGUACAAGAUACAGGACAAGAAUGUGUCCUUUUUUGCCAAAGGAAUGUCUCCUGCUGUUCUGUGACCUGAUUUAGGGGCAGCUGAAGCUACCUUGGACUAUUUUUAGUUGUGAAAGAUAAAGCAACUGAGCAGAAAUGGAUCUUUACACCUUUGUUGUGGACUGGCAGUUCCACUGUGACCCAGGGAUGGUGGAAUGGUGCUGUGAUGGUUUGCCUUUGUUCCCCUGGGCCCUGUUUAGAAAACACAUGAAGAAGCUGCAGCCCUGCCUCAGCUGAGAUGCUGCAUGUUGAACUGGGUGAAAUGGGUCCUCUGGAGCCUUCCUCGUAAACACGCUUUAGCCCCUACUGCCCAUU